UAGAUAUAAACCCUAAGAACUCAGUAAUUAAAGCCCAAAACGACAAAACCCCGUUUUCUUCGUUUUACUUAAAAGAAAACAAAGCUCCCGCCGCCGCCGUUAUCACGACGACCACCGUGCGAUACCCUAAAUUUCAACGUUGAUUCCACUUUGUCAAGUUUGUAUCUUUCCCACUUUGAUUCCGAUUUGUUAAAGAUUUGCAGAUUAAAAGUUUUCUUUUUGAAGAAAUCCAUGAGUGCCCAAAUGGAAGAACCAGAGACUCUCGGCAAAAGAAAAGAAUCUGAAAGUUCAAAACUUCGUUCUGAUGAAACUCCGACGCCAGAACCAAGAACGAAGCGUAGAAGUCUUAAACGUGCUUGUGUACAUGAAGUUGCUGUUCCUAAUGAUUACACACCAACGAAAGAAGAGACGAUUCAUGGGACGCUUGAUAAUCCUGUCUUCAAUGGAGACAUGGCCAAGACUUAUCCUUUUAAGCUUGACCCUUUUCAAAGUGUAUCUGUAGCUUGUUUAGAGAGAAAAGAAUCGAUUUUGGUAUCUGCUCAUACUUCAGCUGGUAAAACUGCUGUUGCUGAGUAUGCUAUUGCAAUGGCGUUUAGAGAUAAGCAGAGAGUUAUUUACACUUCUCCUUUGAAAGCUUUGAGUAAUCAGAAGUAUAGAGAGUUGCAACAUGAGUUUAAAGAUGUUGGUUUGAUGACUGGUGAUGUUACUCUUUCACCUAAUGCUAGUUGUUUGGUUAUGACUACUGAGAUCUUGAGAGCUAUGCUUUAUAGAGGAUCUGAAGUGUUAAAGGAGGUCGCUUGGGUUAUUUUUGAUGAGAUUCAUUAUAUGAAGGAUAGAGAAAGAGGAGUUGUUUGGGAAGAGAGUAUUAUUUUCCUGCCUCCUGCUAUUAAGAUGGUAUUCCUUUCUGCGACUAUGUCGAAUGCUACUGAAUUUGCGGAAUGGAUAUGUUAUUUGCACAAGCAGCCAUGUCAUGUUGUGUACACAGAUUUUAGGCCAACACCUCUGCAGCAUUAUGCUUUUCCUAUGGGUGGGGGUGGACUGUACCUUGUGGUUGAUGAUAAUGAGCAGUUUCGGGAGGAUAGUUUCGUUAAGAUGCAGGAUACUUUCCCCAAACCGAAAUCUAAUGAUGGGAAAAAGAGUGCGAAUGGCAAAUCUGGUGGUAGGGGUGCUAAAGGUGGAGGUGGCCCUGGUGAUUCUGAUGUUUACAAAAUUGUAAAGAUGAUCAUGGAGAGAAAAUUUGAACCAGUCAUUAUCUUCAGCUUCAGUAGAAGAGAGUGUGAACAGCAUGCAUUGUCAAUGUCAAAACUCGAUUUUAAUACAGAUGAAGAGAAAGAAGUUGUGGAACAGGUGUUUAAUAAUGCAAUGCAGUGCUUGAAUGAAGAGGAUAGAUCCUUACCUGCCAUUGAACUGAUGUUGCCACUGCUCCAACGUGGUAUUGCUGUCCAUCAUUCUGGUCUUCUUCCUGUCAUCAAGGAAUUAGUGGAGCUUCUUUUUCAGGAAGGACUUGUGAAAGCGCUUUUUGCCACAGAAACCUUUGCUAUGGGUUUGAAUAUGCCCGCCAAAACUGUAGUGUUUACUGCUGUUAAGAAGUGGGAUGGUGACAGCCAUCGUUACAUUGGGUCUGGUGAAUAUAUCCAGAUGAGCGGCAGGGCUGGACGUCGUGGAAAGGACGAGCGUGGCAUCUGCAUUAUUAUGAUUGAUGAACAGAUGGAGAUGAAUACACUCAGGGACAUGAUGUUGGGAAAACCAGCCCCUUUGCUUAGUACUUUUAGGCUGAGUUACUACACAAUUUUGAAUCUAUUGAGUCGUGCCGAAGGACAAUUUACUGCUGAGCAUGUUAUAAGGCACUCGUUCCAUCAAUUCCAGCAUGAAAAGGCUUUACCGGAUAUUGGGAAUAAGGUGUCCAAACUUGAAGAGGAAGCUGCCAUUCUUAACGCUUCUGGAGAGGCGGAGGUUGCUGAAUACCAUAAUCUACAAUUUGACAUUGCUAAACAUGAAAAGAAACUUAUGUCAGAAAUAAUUAGGCCUGAAAGGGUGCUUUGUUUUCUUGAUACUGGUCGGCUGGUUAAAAUAAGAGAAGGUGGAACGGAUUGGGGCUGGGGAGUUGUCGUUAAUGUUGUAAAAAAUUCUUCAGUUGGAACUGGUUCCGCCUCUUCACAUGGUGGCGGAUAUAUAGUGGAUACUCUACUUCAUUGCUCUACUGGUUUUAGUGAAAAUGGCGCAAAGCCAAAGCCAUGUCCUCCCCGUGCUGGGGAAAAGGGUGAAAUGCAUGUGGUUCCUGUUCAGCUACCCUUAAUUUCUGCUUUGAGCAGACUAAGGAUAUCAGUUCCUUCUGAUCUUCGGCCAGUGGAAGCAAGACAGAGUAUACUACUUGCAUUACAGGAGUUGUCAAGUCGCUUCCCUCUAGGGUUCCCAAAACUCCAUCCAGUCAAGGAUAUGAAUAUUCAAGACACAGAGAUAGUGGAUCUGGUCAGCCAAAUCGAAGAAGUUGAGCAGAAGUUACUUGCUCAUCCGAUGCACAAGUCUGAAGAUGAUCAACAAAUCAAGAGUUUCCAGAGGAAAGCGGAGGUGAAUUAUGAAAUUCAACAGCUAAAAUCGAAAAUGCGUGAUUCCCAGCUCCAAAAGUUUCGAGAUGAGCUUAAGAACCGAUCUCGGGUAUUAAAGAAACUUGGACACAUUGAUGCUGAUGGUGUCGUCCAGGUAAAGGGACGAGCUGCGUGCUUGAUAGACACAGGGGAUGAAUUGCUUGUCACUGAACUGAUGUUUAAUGGUACUUUUAAUGAUCUGGAUCAUCACCAAGUAGCAGCCCUUGCAAGCUGUUUCAUUCCUGUUGAUAAAUCAAACGAACAGGUAAAUUUAAGGAAUGAACUUACCAAACCAUUGCAGCAGCUCCAAGAUAGUGCACGGAAAAUAGCAGAGAUACAACAUGAAUGCAAACUGGAAAUUGACGUGGAAGAGUAUGUGGAAUCCACCAUCAGGCCUUUCCUGAUGGAUGUUAUCUACUCUUGGUCAAAGGGCGCAAGCUUUGCAGAGAUUAUACAAAUGACUGACAUAUUCGAAGGUAGUAUCAUCAGAAGUGCUAGAAGACUCGACGAGUUUUUGAACCAGCUUCGAGCUGCAGCAGAGGCAGUUGGUGAAAGCAGUUUAGAGAGCAAGUUUGCAGCUGCUAGCGAGAGCUUGCGACGAGGUAUUAUGUUUGCAAAUUCGCUUUACUUGUAAGUACUCUCUUGGAGAAUACAGCUUGCUGUAUUGGGUAACCAUGGGACACAGCAUGUUGAAACAUAACUUCAUAGAGAAAUGCUUGUUUGUACUUUCCUAUGUAUCUCGAAUCGCGACGAUAGCUCUUUGUUUGCCAACAAGUUAGAUAAUGAAGAAAUUUGCAGAGCUCAUAAGGUAUCUGAUUAUAUUCUAAUUUAACCAGCUUGAGGCUGGGAUAGCUUGGUGGUUUCAACAUAGUUGUUUUGCUUUUACUUCCAUGAAUUAGGCUUCAACAAAAUGAAUCAGAGAGAGUAUGAAAGUGAAGUAGAUAUCCAAAUAAGUUAUUCUCGUUGCAAAGCAUUUAAAAUAAAUCACGUAUAUUUUAUGAGGUCGUUUGUAUUCUGUAACAUCCCCGUUCACGAAAAAGAAUUGACCCAUAUAUUGCAAUUUUACCUUAAAAAUUUGAUAAAAUGCAAGAUGGUUAUAUUAAAGAAGUCGAAAAAAUAAUUAAUGACAAGUGAAUCCUCCUAUAGCGAAUAAUUAAUUACCUCACAACUCAAACGCUCUUGUGCUUCUAAUCCAGCGAGAUGGAAUCAAGACAAAAAUGCCUAGAUCCUCACACUUCUCCCGGAAACGAUGAUGUCGAAAAGACGACUUUGAAACGUCUCGGUAGAAACCUUUAAAUUAAGCAGAUCUCGAGAUCUCGAUCAGAUCUUUUGAGUCGAGACAAGGAGCGAUCACCAAUCUAACCGGGUCACACCGAACUCACACAAGCAUGGCAAGAGAUCAAACCAGAAAGACAGUAAGACAAAAUCCAGUAGUAAACAGAGAAGUACAAUCCGGCUACAACUAAACCUAAACGAUGACUCAACUAACGAUGUAUUAAAAACUUGUGGCCUCACUAUUAUUGGGCUUCAAAAAGAUUAACAGCCCAAUGUUAAAUUGAGCCCAGAUGGAGGAUUACUUUAGUUUUAUACUAUAUUAUGGAUAAAGGACAUGACAUCAUCAUCAGAAAACCACAAAGUCCCACCUUAUUUAACUGAAAUAUUAACCACUCCAACAACAAGCCACGUGUCAAACCUUUCUUCAUAUGAAGGAAAGAAUCCACCAUUCCAAAGCAGCAUGAAGCAUC